AUGAAGCUGCUGCUGCUGCUUGUUGCUGCUUCUCUUCUGGCUGUCGCCAGCUGUGCAAGUAUCUCUCUGGAGGACCUGGAGUUCCAUGCGUGGAAACUCAAGUUUGGGAAGUCCUAUAGUUCUCUAUUGGAGGAGUCUCAGCGCAAGCAAAUCUGGCUGAGCAAUCGUCGACUGGUGCUGGUGCACAACAUCAUGGCUGAUCAGGGCAUCCGCUCCUACCGCCUUGGCAUGACCUUCUUUGCUGAUAUGGAAAACGAGGAGUACAAGCGUCUAAUUUCCCAGGGAUGUUUGAUCAACUUCAACACUUCCCUCCCUCGCGGUGGCUCCACGUUCCUGCCACAGCCAGAAGGAGCUGACCUACCCCACACCGUGGACUGGAGGGACAAGGGCUACGUGACAGACAUCAAGGAUCAAAAGCAGUGUGGUUCCUGCUGGGCUUUCAGCACAACCGGGUCUUUGGAGGGUCAAACCUUCAAGAAGACUGGCAAGCUAGUGUCUCUGAGUGAGCAGCAGUUGGUUGACUGCUCUGGUGACUUUGGCAACAUGGGCUGCAUGGGAGGUCUCAUGGACAAUGCCUUCAGAUAUAUCAAGAAAAACGGGGGAAUAGACACAGAGGCGUCCUAUCCCUAUGAGGGCAAGGAUGGGAAAUGUCGCUUCAAUCCAGCCACUAUCGGUGCCACAUGCACGGGUUACGUCGAUGUGAAAAAAGGCGAUGAGCACGCCCUGCAGCAGGCCGUGGCCACCGUUGGACCAGUGUCCGUGGCCAUCGACGCUUCACACGAAUCCUUCCAGCUGUAUGACUCAGGAGUGUACGACGAGCCCCAUUGCAGCAGCUCCGAGCUGGACCACGGUGUGCUGGCUGUAGGUUAUGGCACUGACAAUGGACAGGACUACUGGCUGGUCAAGAAUAGCUGGGGUCUCCAAUGGGGCGACAAGGGUUACGUCAUGAUGAGCAGGAACAAACGCAACCAGUGUGGAAUCGCUACUGCAGCUAGCUACCCCUUAGUGUGAACAGGACCAGAAUCAGAUGAAAAAUCAUCGGGA